GUGGAUGGUCGCUAGGGCCAGAUCGCGCUGCUGUAUUUUGCGGAUGUUCGUGAUGUUGCUUAGUGACUCGUGUUUUUUCGUGGUGAAUGUAGUGUAACAGUGACCGUGAAUUUGUGAAGACUGUUUCGUGAUAUUUCGUGAUUCUAGUGUAACAUUGACCGUGAAUUUGAGAAGACUGUACUGAUGUGAUCUAGUGUGUUUGUCCGCCAUAUACGAGUAUAUCAUAUUCUGCAGAAAUGUGUGUUGAAGCAGUGUGGAAAAUUAUAUGAACGUUUCAGUAUAUAAAUGGACUUUAGUGUCCUUUUUUAAGGAUGUGAGUAAGACAGGAAUGUGAGCAGUUGUUGAGGCAUAAGUGACUGUGUAUCGUACGUUUCUCUAAUCUGAAACAUCGCAGCGAUAACACCAUUGAACUCCAUUCGGUUGUGUGGCGCAACAGACGGUUCUGGGACUACAGCUUCACGAGUCUUAAUAAAAAUAGCGACUGUUAUAAAUUAGCUGUUGGAAUAAAUAAAUUUGUGGAUUUUUAUACGUAAAAUGUUAUUUAUCUUUAAAUGUGACUUUCAGUGUUUAAAACAUGAGUGAAAAUGUGUUGGAUUUAGUGAACAUUAUCAAGAUAUGGACACAUUAGUGUUUAAGAAUGGAGGGGUCUUUGCCUCCAUGGUACCUACAAUACAUUGCGAUACAUGUAAGGAUAGACGUCGCAAAAGGAUGAGUCUCAAGGAGCAGGAGCAAGAAAAAGGCGAGCUGAAGAAACUCUCGGAGGAGAGCUUAACUCGGCAGCCCGAGGAGGUGUUUGACAUCAUCUGUAAACUUGGAGAAGGGUCCUAUGGCAGUGUUUACAAGGCGCUGCAUAAGGAGUCAGGGCAGGUUCUGGCCAUCAAGCAGGUACCUGUGGAUACAGAUCUCCAGGAGAUAAUCAAGGAGAUCUCCAUUAUGCAACAGUGUGACAGUCCUUGGGUAGUUAAGUACUAUGGCAGUUACUUCAAGAACACUGACCUAUGGAUUGUUAUGGAAUACUGUGGUGCGGGCUCAGUGUCCGACAUCAUGAGAUUGCGCAAGAAGACGUUAACAGAAGACGAGAUUGCAACAAUACUAUGUGACACACUGAAGGGACUCGAGUACCUGCACCUGCGGAGGAAGAUCCACCGCGACAUUAAGGCUGGCAACAUCCUGCUCAACACUGAGGGUCACGCGAAGCUGGCAGACUUCGGUGUUGCCGGGCAGCUCACGGAUACAAUGGCCAAGAGGAACACAGUCAUAGGAACACCCUUCUGGAUGGCACCAGAAGUUAUCCAGGAGAUCGGGUAUGACUGCGUAGCGGACAUCUGGAGCCUUGGUAUCACAGCUCUAGAAAUGGCUGAAGGCAAACCACCAUAUGGUGAUAUCCACCCAAUGAGGGCCAUCUUCAUGAUCCCCACAAAACCUCCGCCUUCGUUUCGAGAGCCUGACCAGUGGUCGCCCGAAUUCAUUGACUUCGUUAGUCAGUGUUUAGUCAAGAAUCCUGAGGAGAGAGCAACAGCCACACAACUCCUUCAUCAUGAAUUUAUAGGUAAUGCAAAGCAACCAAAUAUCCUGGGGCAGAUGAUCGCUGAAGCACGCGAGAUUCGGGAGAACCAGAGUUACCGCAAUAACGCAGCCACCUCGGCAGCAGUAGGUGCCAAACAGAACCAUGCUGAGGACUCGAGGAGACCAUGGGAUAGACUAUGUGAGGACGAAGAUGAUGUCGUAAACAAUAAAACUAUGGUACAGUAUCCUCAAGACUCAGGGACCUUGGUACCGUCACGUGAUCUUGUUGAUGGUACCGUGCUGCCAAACGAUACUGGUACCUUGGUGGCCAACAGUGAAGCCGGAACAAUGCUUGAGCUACAGUCUGACCUUGGCACCAUGGUGAUUAACAGUGACACGGAAGAGGAACCUACAAUGAAAAGGCAUGACACAGGUCCUGGAGAAUCUGGGAAGAAGUAUCGUCCAUUGUUUCUUGAUCACUUUGACAAGAAGGAAGCUGAAAACAUUAAAGGCAAUGGCCAGCCUCAGGUGUCCCCCUCCCAAAGACUGUCAGGUGGAGAUGUACACACUAAUGCCCAUUCCAAUGCGUCGCCAAAUGCCAACAUGUCACCAUCACAACACAAUGCUAAUUCAGUGCAUCCCCAGCACAAAGCCGCAACACCUCAGCAGUCACCACAGUUGUCAUCGGAGGAGAGGCAAAGAUUCCAGAAUCAUCUGCAGCGACAAUUGAACCAGAUCUCAGGUGCAGGUGGAGGGAGUCCGCUCCACCAUCCUCCGACAGCAGAGCCCUUCCAAGCGAGGCACCACCACGAGAACCAGGCCAAAUUUCAAAGAGCUUUCGUUGAUGGCGACUUUGAAUUUUUGAAGUUCCUAAGCUAUGAAGAGCUGCAGCAGAGAAUGGCUAACUUAGACGCCGAAAUGGAACGCGAGAUCGACGAAUUACGCCGGCGAUAUCAAACCAAACGUCAGCCUAUUCUCGAUGCCAUGGACCAGAAACGUAAACGUCAACAAAAUUUCUGAGAGAGAAGGCAGAGGUGUUUGGCUGGUGUUGGCAGCCAUAGUAAACAUUCAAGCCAGUCGAGGUGCAACCUCGGGCCAGCCAUUCCACCGCACUGCUGCUACAAUGAGAUGUUUUAAGUAAGGACUUUGAAGAAUUCGGCCCAAGAUAAGUUUGUUGUUUAGGAAUGACAAGUUUUCUAAUAGAACACAUAAAUAAAUAGUACAUAUGAUGAGGUGCUUAACAAACAGUGACCAUUAGCUACUGUGUUUGCUCAAGUAAUGCCUCUACACAGUUUAUGAUCAAAUUAUUUCGAAUAUUAAAUACUCACGUUGUUCCUUGACCACUCAGUAUCUAGGAUCUUUGAAAAAUUAAAAGAUGUGUGUGACCAUCUAUAGUUGUAUUUCCCAAGCAGUUCUUACACAUGACACUGAGUAACUGAAUGGGUUGGCAUAAUGGUGAUGCUGUAGACUUUUUGAGAGGUGCUCGGUUUGAAUCCCAGCUGGGACACCAUCCAUCCUGACUUCAGUUUUUUUGUGGUUUUCCUCUGUCCCUCAAUACAUGCUGGGAUAGUACCCUGAUUAAGUUGUAGCCGUUGCCUUCCACAUCCUUUCCAAUUCAUCAUUCACCAAUCAUCUGGCAAUUUGACGCUAUAUAGUAUGAUUUCUGACAGCAGUACAACACAUGCAGUAACAGGAGCAAAACACAACACAGAACAUGAUAC